CACAAGAUGGCACCACCAAAUCUCUUGAAGCUGCCAAAAGCGAUUCUUGACCAGAUAGGAGCCCAAGAUACAUAUUCCGGAGGUCACAAAUCUCGCUCUCGACCUGGAUCAAGGAAAGACCUUCGAAAAGCUGCACGAGCAGAAAGAAAAACUGUGAGGACUGUGCCACCUCCUGCGAAGAGGACUAAAAUACAUCAUACGGAGAGCCGAAGCCUGGGCGAUAGCCGAGCAGCAAUUGAGCGUCCGUAUCCCAAGAAGCCUACACAAGAUGAACCCAGUGCACCACCACCAAAGUCUAUUUUGAAGCGCACGAAGAAAAGAGACCCAUUACCCGAGGUCGGCCAAGACGAGCGGUCGAUAUCGCCUCCUGCCAGGGUAUCAAGAACUGUCAAGAACAAGUUUGCAGAGGACGACGAGGAGAUUGCUGCUUUGGAGAAGAAGCUAGGUCUCAAAGGGAAGAAAAAGCUGCCCCAGUCUUUCAAGGACGACGGGUUGGAUGAACUUCUAGAGGGCCUAGAUGAAGAGGACUCAGACGCCCCCGAUAGCAAGAAGAGAAAGGCAGAAGGUGACGAGUGGCUGGAGCAGAAGCGCAAGCAAGCUCGACAGACCUCAAACCCUGCAUCUGUCAAGACAAGAGAGGUAGAAGAGAGCGAAGGCAACGAGGAAGUCCUUGAAACAAGCUCAGACGAUGAUGGUGCCUCAGAUAUGUCCUUGGAUGGACACGAAUUCCCAGAUGAUGAAUCGGAAGUCUCUGACGUGAGUCAACUCAGCGCAGACGGUAAUGAGCUUGACGUGGACAACGAUUUCGACGGAUUUGACUCUGAUAGCGAUGAUGACGAUAUGGACGAGGAUACAGAGAUAUCCCAGCCAACUCCACGAAUUCGUGAGAAUCCAUACGUUGCACCUGUGCCAGCGUCCUCAGCUGGAAAAUAUAUCCCACCAUCUUUACGGAAAGCUGCAUUUUCCGACCCAGAAGAAUUGGUUCGUCUACGAAGAAGGACACAAGGUUUGAUCAAUAGGCUUACGGAUGCCAAUCUGAUAUCAAUUCUGGGAGACAUUGAAAAGUUAUACCGGGAGAACCCACGUCAACACGUAACUUCGACCCUUGUCGAUGUCCUCUUGACAUCAGUCUGUGAGCCUACGAGCUUACCAGAUACUCUCAUCAUACUUCCAGCCGGAUUUAUCGCAGCUGUCUACAAGGUCAUUGGGACAGACUUCGGAGCACAGGUCAUCCAAAGAGUUGCAGAGCUUUUCGAUGAGCAUUACAAUCGUGCAAUGUUUUUGCAGGACAGUCCAGUGGCUGCUAGUGCCGAGACCAGCAAGGAGACAUCAAAUCUUAUCAUGCUUCUGUCAGAAAUGUACAAUUUUCAAGUUGUCGGAAGCAAUCUUAUGUUUGACUAUAUAAGACUAUUUCUGAGCAAGCUUUCAGAGUUGAAUGCAGAGCUCUUGUUGAAGAUCAUCCGAACAUCUGGUCCACAAUUACGUCAGGAUGACCCUUCUUCUCUGAAGGAUAUCGUUGCCAUGCUUCGGCCAGCUGUGGAGAGUGUCGGCGAAGACAACAUCUCUGUCAGGACCAAAUUUAUGAUCGAGACGAUCAACAACCUCAAGAACAACCGAAUGAAGACCGGCGCGGUGGCCUCUGCUGUCACGUCGGAGCAUACUAUCCAGAUGAAGAAGAUCCUUGGCACAUUGAACACUAGAAAUAUCAAAGCAAGCGAACCACUACGUAUAGGACUCAAAGAUAUCAAUGAAUCCGACAAGAAGGGGAAGUGGUGGCUUGUUGGUGCUAGUUGGGCUGGCAAUGGGCACAAAGAAGAUGACGAGGCGGUGUUGAAUGGCGACAAACGGAACACAGCUGCGACCGAAGAUACUGGAACUUCAGACUUGCUUCAGCUUGCCAGAGAGCAACGUAUGAAUACUGAUAUUCGUCGAGCAAUUUUCAUUUCAAUCAUGUCUGCGGAGGACUACCAGGAUGCGUAUAUGCGCUUGAUGAAGCUGAAAUUGAAGAGGGUACAAGAGUACGAGAUUCCGAAGGUUCUGGUCCACUGCGCAGGAGGCGAGAAAAGCUACAAUCCUUACUACACUUUGAUUGCAAAGAAAGUAUGUGGGGACAGAAGGUUGAGAACAGCUUUUCAGUUCUGCCUCUGGGACCUGUUCAAGAAGAUGGGAGAGUUUGACGAGGAAGACGAUGCAUCCGAGGAGGAAGAGGAUAGUCUGGAUAGCAGACAAAUCGUCAAUCUUGCAAAGAUGUUCGGUACCCUUAUCCUCGAAGGAGGCCUUGGUCUCAGUGUUUUCAAGAAUCUGAACCUCAGCUACCUUCAAACAAAGACGAAGACUUUUCUGGAGGUACUAUUUAUCAGUAUGCUCCUCCAAUCUCAAAGGCAGGCAAAGUUGAAGAAAGAUGAACAAGCUGUUGUGAGCAUCUUUGCGAAGGCGAAAGAUACUCCGCAAUUGAUCAGAGGUUUACAAUAUUUCAUGAAGAAGGUUGUAAGCAAGACGGAUAUUGCAGGUAGCAAAGAAGAGAAGGCUACUGUGAAAUGGGCUUGUAAAGUAGCAGGAGAUACCCUUGAGUCGUUAGCGGUCGUUGAUUCUGUAGCGGAUUGAACGGGAAAUGAAUCAAUCCAUCAAUGUUCUGAGGUCCUCUGUACUGCACUUCCGCUGCCUCUGGAAUAUGCUCAGAUAACAUUAAACAGUACAAGAAGCAGAUCCAUAAUACUAUUCACC